AUGAGAGUGAUUCUCCCCUUCCUUGCCGUACUCGCAGGCCUCCCGGCUGCCCUGGCCGCUGGGAGAUGCAGAGAGGGUCUCAACUAUUGUGGAUCUACCUUGAUCUCGCAGGUCGCGCCAUAUGUCCCACCAGAUGCCACUUUUGCUCUUACUGCUCAGUACAACGCCGAUGCCUUUUCUCAAAAAGUAAAUCUUGGUCAGGGAACUUAUCGUGUUGAGAAUGGACAGCCAUGGGUCUUGCCUUCUGUACAAAAGGCGCGCGAGAGUCUCCUUUCCCAAGGAUUAUACCACGAAUACCUGCCAAUCCUUGGCCUCCGAGACUUCCGCAAUGAAGCGACAAAACUGGCCCUAGGUUCAGAGAUAUACACUAAGCAGGAGUCUAAGCUUGCCAUCUGCCAGAGUCUCUCGGGAACUGGUGCCCUACACCUAGCAGGACUACUUCUCAGAAGCUGUUGCAGGCUGCUGCCUAAAGUGUACAUUCCUUCUCCGACCUGGUCGAAUCAUGGUCAAAUCUUCUCGUCACUCGGUUUUCAAUGCGAGUCCUUCAAGUAUUAUGAUGAAGAGAAAAGAGAGCUCGAUAUAGAAUCGUACUACUCUAAGCUGAGAAUAGCAGAGCCAAGUUCUGUUGUCAUUCUUCACGCUUGUGCUCAUAACCCGACUAGUUGUGACCCAAGCAAAGAGCAAUGGAAACACAUUGGUUCGAUAAUGAAAGAAAGGAAAUUAUUCCCACUCUUCGAUGCAGCAGCCUAUCUGGGUUUCAACUCGGGGAGUGUUGACAAUGAUGCGUUUGCCAUGCGCUAUUUCGUAGAUGAACUAGAAAUGGAAGCUGGAGUCUAUGGCCGUAUACGGUCUAUGAGACGAGCGUUGUAUGACGGCCUGGUUCAACUUGGUGCUCCUGGCACUUGGGACCAUUUGAUUCGCCAAUCUGGAAUGUUUGGAUUCCUAGGACCCUCUCCCACCGUCGUCCAAAAGCUUAAGGAUGAGUAUCAUAUUUACAUGGCGGGCAAUUCUCGGAUUCCCAUCGCUGGGCUCAACCCAUCGAAUGUUGAAUAUGUGGCUCGCUCCAUCGCUGAAUGUUUGAAUGAAUCACAGUGUCCGUUUUAG